AUGCACGAAAACCUCGAAAAACCGAUUUUUCACGAAAAAACACCCUCGAAACCUCGUAUACCACGUUCUCGGGUAGCUCAAGUUGAAGAGCAUGUCAAGUUACAUAUCUAUACCAAUUUUCAGAAUGAAGAUGUAUCAAUCGAUAUGGAUAAUCAGACAAAUGAAUUUUUAUCAUAUUUAUUUUUCAAUGAUGUUAAACGAGCUAAAGAAUUACUUUAUCGGAUGAAGGAUCCUAUUGUUGCAUGUUUGAUUGCGUCAAGUGUGUUCAAUACAGCUGCAGAAAUAAUUGGAUCUAACGAUUAUAAAACGACAUACCAAGAGCAAGCUGAUGCUGUUCAUGAUGCAUGCAACAAAAUAUGGUUCGGUGAUAUUGAGACAAAAGGAGCAUACAUUCAUGUUAAACUAUCUUUAACAAUAUUGUUAUUUCCCAUUGCACCACUUUUCGUACUUUGUGGCUUUAUACCAUUCAGAGCUGACUUAAAGAAGGGAAAAGGAGAACAAAUAAAAGGAUUUUAUCGAGCACCAGUUAUUGUAUUUUAUCACACCCUUUUAUUUUCUGUUGGAUGUCUGACAGUGUUUGAUUAUGUUCUGCUGGCUGGUUAUUAUCCGAUGAAUAUUUUUGGUGAAUUUCGUGGCAGAUCAAGAGGUUGGAAAAUACCUCGAUCAGAAAUUGUCUUACAUAUUUGGUUGUGGAGUAUCAUACUUGAAGAAAUAUUGAAAAUAUUCUUGAAAUAUUCAUUUAUAGUGUAUUCAAGCGGUACUACUUCAUGGCAAUAUAAAAGAGUAUUUUCGGCAUACGUGGAAGGUUCUAGGUUGUUCACAUAAAACCACAUAAAAUGAUUGCUGAUCCCAAAGGAUACCAUAGCAAAUUGUACCCAUCAAAUGUUGAAGCUCUGCCAGCCGAUUUUCAGCCAACGUGGAAAGAUGAAGAUUUUGAAUUCUGCAGAGAACAAAA